AGACCCUAAAAAUCUUGAUACGUUAUAGUUUUUCUUUAAAAUGUUUAAGGAUUGCUAGAAUAAGAUACGUAUAGCUAACGUUUUGGAUGCGUUUUGUUCAGGGUUCUACACAUUGUGUGGUCAUAUUUACAGCUCCAGAUGUCAUGUACUCACGCAAUGAUUUUAAUUAAAAGUAGGGGGCAGCAGUACGUGCGUAGCUUGUAGUUUACGCUACUAGACAUUUGACAAGAGGAAGGGGACGAAGAAGAACCCCCCCGACUUCCGCUAGCAAGCUAGCUACUGGGAAGUAGUGAGAAAUCUUUCAGGAUAUUAUCAUUAUGAGUUAUGCAGAGAAGGCGGAGGACAUAACAAGGGAAGAGUGGAUGGAUAAACUCAACAAUGUCCACAUUCAGAGAACAGAUAUGAACAGGCUCAUUAUGAACUACCUGGUGACAGAGGGCUUCAAGGAGGCAGCGGAGAAGUUCCGGAUGGAGUCUGGAAUUGAGCCUAGUGUGGAUUUGGAUUCCCUAGAUGAAAGAAUUAAGAUCAGAGAGAUGAUCCUGAAGGGGCAGAUCCAGGAUGCCAUUGCAUUGAUUAACAGUCUACACCCAGAGCUGCUGGAUACAAACCGUUACCUCUACUUUUACCUACAGCAGCAGCACCUGAUUGAGCUGAUCCGUUUGAGGGAGACUGAAGCUGCCCUUGAAUUUGCUCAGUCUCAGUUAGCAGAGCAGGGGGAAGAAAGCCGAGAGUGUCUGACCGAGAUGGAAAGGACACUGGCAUUGCUGGCAUUUGACAACCCCGAGGAUUCGCCUUUUGGAGACCUGCUCAAUAUGAUGCAGAGACAGAAGGUUUUUCAAUUUUAUAAAAAUGACUAUGAAAACAGAGAGUCAACACCUAAGCUGGCCAAACUGCUGAAGCUGCUGCUAUGGGCUCAAAAUGAACUUGACCAAAAGAAAGUAAAGUAUCCUAAAAUGACAGACCUCAGCAAGGGAACCAUUGAGGAUCCAAAAUAAGGACCCAGAGUGAAAACAUACCACAGCAUUACAAAAUGGACACAUUUCUUCUUUAUACCCCAGCAAAUUGACUCGUAUAGAGUACAGCCUUUUCCUUUUUUGCAAGGGUUGCUUUUGAUACUUUAAAUGUGCA